ACAGGCGGUUUCAUAAUGGUUGAGUCUAUAGCUGGGAGGCACAGCUCGAUACAUCACUGCCAAACUGACUCCUCCCCCAAGGAAACUCCUCCCACACGUUACACAAGAGAACGGCAUAAAAAGGCUCUGCCGGGGACCGCACCGCACUUCCCGAACAAGCUGUCUUCCCGAGUUCAUCCGAGACCAGCAAAGAUCCGCGCAACCAUGCCUCUGCCCGCAACCCACGACAUCCACCUUCACGGCUCCAUCAACGGCCACGAGUUCGACAUGGUGGGGGGAGGAAAAGGCGACCCGAACGCCGGCUCGCUGGUGACCACAGCGAAAUCCACCAAGGGUGCCCUGAAGUUCUCUCCCUACUUGAUGAUCCCCCACCUCGGGUACGGGUACUACCAGUACCUCCCCUACCCGGACGGACCCUCGCCUUUCCAGACCUCCAUGUUGGAAGGAUCGGGGUAUGCAGUCUACCGCGUGUUCGACUUUGAAGACGGAGGCAAGCUGACUACCGAGUUUAAGUACUCCUACGAGGGUUCCCAUAUCAAGGCCGACAUGAAGCUGAUGGGAAGCGGUUUCCCUGACGACGGCCCAGUCAUGACCAGCCAGAUUGUCGACCAGGACGGCUGCGUGUCCAAGAAGACGUAUCUUAACAACAACACCAUCGUGGACAGCUUCGACUGGAGUUACAACCUGCAGAAUGGGAAGCGCUACAGGGCCCGAGUGUCGAGCCACUACAUCUUCGACAAGCCCUUUUCAGCCGAUCUCAUGAAGAAGCAGCCGGUCUUCGUGUACCGCAAGUGCCACGUGAAGGCUUCCAAGACCGAAGUCACCCUGGACGAGAGGGAGAAGGCGUUCUACGAGCUGGCUUAGACAACAAAUCAGGUCAUUCUCCAAGCAGAUGUUGGGCAGAAAAUCGUCCAGAAGGUUGACAGUUCCCCGUUAGUACCCAUGCUUGGUUGGUACAUAACAGUAUCAUUGUCAUUGUCAUGAUGAUUGUUAUCAUAUACCAACCAUGUAUGGGUGUCGGGGGUAGGCACUGACAGAAAAGCUUUCUUUUCUCAACAUCUGCUUGGAAAGAUUCCUGUGUGGUCGUCUUAGAUCGGCUUGAAACAGACUGCGGCAAAUUCCUCCAUGGCAGGCUUUUUGAUUGGGCUUUUUCAACAAAAACGUACGACUUCAGACUAUUUGAAACCAGGUACAGUCAGUAAAGACACACGAUCAGAAACAACACAUGAUAUUCUGAAAAAGCCCAGACUAGAAAUCCUUCUAUGGCGGCUACUGCAACAAUAGUGUUGUCAUUACUUCUUAUCAGUAGGUGUUUUUCUUUUUUCAUAAGUGGGCACGGCAGACUUAAAAUCUCGUAUUGUUACUCAUAAUGUCUUUAAAUGCUUUGGGGAGUUUUUUCCUUAUAGGAAAUCUUGAAACAUUAAAUACAUACAUUGUAUGGCAGUAUCACCAAUCCAAUUUGGAUCGAUCAAAACUUGAAUAAAAACUUAACCAAUACCGUAGCAGUUACUUGCAUUGUCAGCUUGAUAUAACGUUAGCAAUGGUAACAAAACAAGUAUGCAUUUACUCGUCUUUAUUUUGUUGAAGAAGAGCAAUGUAUUGUCCUUAUAGAGCAACUUGAAACGUUUUCUUAUGUGGGAUCUUUGGGUUCUUUGGUUUAAAAUAAAGGUUUUGGGCUACUAUA